CAAGUCAAGAGGCCUUCCGAUUUAGGGGUUUCCCACCAAACACAGUGAUACACGUGUGAACAUACAAACCAAAACAAAGUGAACAUGAUGGAUGAAGCUAGUUUACGUUGUGCUGUUUUUCGAACAUUUUCACUGCUUAUAGGCCUAAUUUUAUUGAUUUCAUCCGUAACUCUAACCAAGGAAGAAUCACCAGAUGCUUAUAAAGGAAAGAGAUCUCCAUUAGAAUUGUAUAAAAAAUUAUUUCAAGAACACAGAGCAAUACAGCUAGAGGCGGUCAAAUCCAUCCAGAACUAUGGAGAGUACAAACAGCGACACCAACUUGUCAAGAUGACGCUGGAGAAACUGUUUAAAGUCAUCAGUGAAGCCAAAGUGAAUUUGACUGUGUGGGGGUAUAUACCAGGAGACCCUUUCCCUGAAAAUACCACUAUAAGGGAUGGUCUCUCAAAAGUGUUUGAAAAUACGGCCAUGUUUGGAGACUUGGUUCUUCGCCUUCCAGACAUUGUUCAUUCUAUAUACGAUAAAAAUAAAGACUGGCAGUUACUCCUUGGAUGGUGCUACUGGUUCUGCAAAGAGUCAGGAGUGUUUGAUGAGACAAAUGGAAGGCUUCUCCAUUUGAUGGCACAAGAGGUCAAACUGAUAGAGAGAGAAGAAAACUACAUCAACCCCUUUACACUGGAGAGCCAACUCAAACAGCAAAAACAGAGACAUGGGGAGAAAAAAGAAAUAAAAACAAAGAAGAAGAAAAAGGAAAGGAAGAAAGGGCCACAGAUAACAAGGGUUGAACUUUGAUCAAAGAAAAUUCCAGGGAGGGGGGUUGGGGCAUUUUGGGCUCCAUGUUUUUCAUAUUAAAUAUAUUUUUGUUAAU